CUUUUCAACACCAGGAUAGGUAUGGUGUCCUUGCCUCAACAGAAGAUCCUGAUGCUAUCGAGGAGAGCAGAGCAGUUGAUGUUUACUUCAGUCCUGUCGGCCAGAGAAUACAUGGCUUUUUUGGGUCUCCUAACAUCCACCUUGGGUCUUGUGAAAUGGGCAAGGUGGAGAAUGAGACCGUUUCAAAGUUUUUUCCUCUCUCACUGGAAUCGUUAUCUUCAGGAUUGGUCUCAGAUGAUUCCCCUGUCUUGGAAGGUGAAGAGACAUCUCUUAUGGUGGCAGAGUCCCAGCAACCUUCGCAGAGGGUAUCCCCUGGCCGAGCCCGAAUGGGUGGAAGUCUUCACAGAUGCCUCGGGUCAGGGUUGGGGAGCGCAUGUAGAAGAGAUGGCGAUUCAGGGUCAGUGGAGGUCGGACUUGUCUCAUCUCCCAUCCAACGUCUUGGAGUUGAGAGUGAUUCGGGAAGCCUUGGAAGUCCUCAGACCAGUCCUAUCAGGGACUUCGGUGAAAAUAAGAUCGGACAAUAUGUCAGCAGUGUCCUACAUAAGAAAGCAAGGGGGAACAGGCAGCAGCAGCAGAUUGAUGAGGGAAGUCAGUCCUAUCAUGAAUUGGGCUCAGAGCAAUUUGUUGGAGAUAACAGCAGUUCAUAUUCCGGGGGACAAGAAUUAUCAGGCGGAUGCCUUAAGCAGAACCUUGUUCCAGAGAGGAGAAUGGGAGCUCAAAACAAGCAUCUUCCAAUGGAUAACCUCUCUGUGGGGCCUUCCCCAUAUAGACCUCAUGGCUUCGGAGAAGAACUACAAGAUCAAACAUUUUUUCUCCAGAGUCCCAUCAGCUCGAGCAGUGGGAAUCGAUGCCUUUUCCCAGAACUGGCGGAACCUCUGGGCUUACAUCUUCCCUCCAUUCCCGAUCAUCUUCAAAGUUCUGAGGAAGAUUCUUGUCUCUCACAUGGACGUGAUAGCCAUAAUUCCAGAUUGGCCACGCAGGCCAUGGUAUCCCCUCCUCAGACGAUUAUGCAUUUGUCAACCCCUGAGAUUGCCUUUGAUGGAGGAUCUCUUAAUGCAGGGCCCGUUUCUUCAUCCGAAUCUCAGCAGUCUCAAUCUUGCGGCAUGGAGGUUGAGAAGUCCAGACUUAGGCGACGGGGAUGCUCUGACCAAGUGAUUAAUACUCUGUUGAAGGCCAGGAGGCCUGGAACGUCUAAUACUUACCAUAGAAUAUGGCAGCGGUUCAUUUCCUGGGCCAGAGAGAAGAAUCUUGAUCCUUUGCAACCUUCUACACCCAUGAUUCUGGAGUUUCUGCAAGCAGGCUUAGAUUACGGGCUAAGUUUAAGUUCCUUAAAAGUACAGAUCUCUGCCUUGUCUGCAGUGUUAGGAGAAAGGUGGGCUGAAGACCCCUUGAUAGAGCAAUUUUUCAAAGCCGUUUUGAGAGUGAAACCUCCUGUAAAGAAAUCCUCUCCACCUUGGGAUUUGCCGUUGGUCCUUCAGGCUCUUUCAGCUGCUCCUUUUGAACCCAUUGAUCAGAUUCCUCUCUGGUGGUUAUCCCUCAAGACGGUGUUCUUGGUGGCCGUGACUUCAGCAAGAAGAGUUGGGGAGCUGCAAGCUCUGUCUGUAGAUCAACCCUAUACCAUUUUUCAUGAAGAAAAAGUUGUGUUAAGAACUGUUCCGUCCUUCUUGCCUAAAGUCCUCUCAAGAUUCCAUGUUAAUGAACCUAUUAUUUUACCAACCUUACCUGUUGAGAAUGGGCAGAGUUCCUUGGAUGUUAGGAGAUGUCUUCAGGUCUACAUCGACAGGACAAAGUCCUUAAGAAAGUCUCAGAGACUCUUCGUGGUACCGGCAGGGUCAAGAAAAGGAGAAGCGGCAGCAAAGUCUACUUUGAGCAGUUGGAUUGUUAAAACCAUCCUUCAAGCCUACAAGGAACAGGGCAGGUCAUCUCCUAGAGCGGUGCGAGCUCACUCAACCAGAAGUAUUGCAGCCUUUUGGGCAGUGGAGGCAGGAGUUUCGCUUUAAACUAAGACGAAGGAGACCGGUGUUGGGGAGGUACUUAUGCUGAUUGGGGGCGUGGUUGUUUUCUUCUGCUGUAGCUGACAGAGGAGUGCAUACCCGUGUGUUUUGACAUGCUGCCGUGGGGAUGACCAGGAAAGGAAAAUUACGGUAAGUAUGAAACAAU